CAGUGGAUUCCGUCCGAGAUUCCGUUCCGUUUAAAGCGCUCAGCGUCCGUCGAUCGCCAGGCAGUUAAGUCCGCGGCCUCGCGGCGUUCCGGUUGCAGUUCCCGGUUCUUCGUCGUGUCAAUCGUUUCGUGUUGAGGUAGAAAACAAUUCUCUACAACGGCUACAGCGGUGCAACGCAUUUUGAAACUGUUGAUGCAACGGCAGCAGAAACUGCUGCGUAAAUUAUUCCAACUGACUGCAUUGGCAAAACGUUAGGCAUACGCAGUGGUGUACGGCAGUAAAAAGCAAAAAGCAAGCGAUUGAGUGCAAAAAAAGCGAAGUGAGUGCAAAGUGAAACGUAUCGAUAAAAACAAUAAUUAUUGCGGGGAGUGCCAUCAAAAAGCUCCAUCCUGGGUAAUCUGUGGUUAAUCGUUCGAGAUUACCUCUUCGCCAAAAUGGGUCCCCCCACCUCCACCGAGCUGCCCCCGAAGACCACGGAGCGCAGCGACGCCCCCGUCGAGCUGACCGGUUAUCGCAGGUGGCUGUCGGAUAACCUCAUGCUGCUGGUCACCCUCUCUGGAGUCCUCCUGGGGGUAGUACUUGGACUCUCUUUGCGGCCUCUGAAUUUACACGGGGACUCCAUCAUGCUGAUUUCGUAUCCUGGCGAACUCUUUAUGCGCGUGCUCAAGCUGAUGAUCUUGCCGCUGGUUAUAUCCAGCCUGAUUGCCGGAUCGGCCAGUCUAAAUGCCAAGAUGAACGGAAAGAUAGCGCUGCGCACAUUGGUUUACUUCGCUAGCACCUCGUUUUUCAACGCUGCUCUGGGAAUCGCUCUCGUCCUGCUCAUCCAUCCUGGAAAUCCAGAUCUGCACAACGCGGAUGAUCGGUCGACGGAUAGGCGGGCGGUUAAUCUACUGGACAGUCUUUUGGAUUUGGGAAGAAACGUUUUCCCGGACAACUUGUUCCAGGCCUCCAUUCAGCAGGCGCACACCGUCUACUUGCCCAAGCCGAGCAUCCUGCACGCCUUCAACGAGACGAUGAACGACACCUUGGUGACCGGCGUGGAGGCCCAGCGCCUGUCGGAGGACAUGGCGGAGGAGGUGGUGCUGGUGCGGGACAUCCAGUACCGCAGCGGGACCAACACCCUGGGCAUCGUGUUCUUCUGCCUGGUAUUCGGCACUUUUCUGGGGACCAUCGGCCAGAAGGGCCAGGUGGUGGUCGACUUCUUCGCGGCCAUUUUCGAGGUGAUCAUGAAGAUGGUCACCUGCGUGAUGUGGCUGACGCCCGUGGGCAUUAGUUCUGUGAUCGCCGGGAAGAUCCUGAGCGUGGGCGACCUGGGCCUGGUGAUGUCCCAGCUCAUGUGGUUCAUCGUCACGGUGGCCCUCGGCGUCUUCAUAUACCAGUUCGUGGUGAUGCAGGCCAUCUAUUUCGUCGUCGUGCGCCGCAAUCCGUUCAAGUUCUACGCCGGACUCAUCCAGGCCAUGCUAACCGCCUUCGCCACGGCCUCAACCGCCGCCGCCCUGCCCAUUACAUUCCGCUGCAUGAACGAGAAACUCAAGGUGGAUCCGCGGAUCACGCGAUUCGUCCUGCCGAUCGGAUGCAAUAUCAACAUGGACGGGACGGCUCUCUACAUAGCGGUGGCCUCUAUCUUCAUUGCCCAGAUGAGCGGCAUGGUCCUGGGCUUCGGGGAGCUGCUCACGGUGCUCCUGACCUCCACGGCUGCCUCGAUGAGCUCGGCCAGUGUUCCGAGUGCUGCGCUGGUGCUCCUCCUCGUCGUGCUCACCGCCAUCGAUGCUCCUGUCCAGGAUGUGACGCUCCUCUUCGCCGUGGACUGGUUUGUGGAUCGGAUUCGCACUACGAAUAAUAUGCUGGGUGACUGCUAUACUGCCGCCAUAGUGGAGGAACUAUCUCGCAAGGAGUUGAUGGCCUUGGAUGCAGCUUCGGUAAACUACCAGGACAUGCCCGCUGGCACCCCCAACGGACACGGUCAUGGUCACCACGAGGGGGGUCUCCUCGAGGGGCAGACGGAGCUGGAGGAGAGCAGCAAGUGCGUCAUGACGAUGACCGACUCGGUGGUGGUGGACAUGAGUGCGGUGAUGAACAACGUGAACCUGCAGCAGGAGCACUGCAACCGCAGGGUCUAGAUGGAUUCCUAGACUACAGAUCCGAUUUUAGUUCGUCAGCAUCAGCUCCUUUGAACCGGAACCACCACCACCACAACAACAACAAUAAUAACACCUAUGAUAUUCACCACCAAUAGGCCACAGUGUUCCCCCAAGAAAACGAUUUUGAUAUAGAAUCUUUAAACAACAACCGAUUGGAUAUAUAUCGAGAGACUGUCUGACGAACCCACCCGUAUUGAAUUUACUCCUCUUUUGGACCAGUGUCGAUAGCAAUUAAUUAGCCUGAACACUUAAAGGACUCCGCAUACGUAUAUAUAUCGAAUAUUCACCUAGUAGGAAGAACCGCAUAAGGAUAUUAUAUUAUGCCACAUAUAAGCACACACAUUUUACCUUAAACCCCAAAAGAACGAAGAGACGCUAAGCGAGGGAUUCUUGUGAUCUGUCCUGGGAACUAUGUGCAUAAUCUAUGGGUAUUAUUUUGUAAGCUCGAUUGUGAUGGGGUCACCACACUGAUUUGUUUAUAAUGUUGCUUAUUUCUAUGUCCUAUAUGUGUUGUUUGGGUGUUUUGAGAGAAAGAGGUCAAUGUUUAUGUUGAUUGAGGGAUGAACGCAGAAACGCAGGUUGUACAAGAAGCUGGCCUAGGUUUAGUUAUAGAUUUAGUUGAGCUGUUCAUUUCCUGGAACUUACCUUUGGUUACACGCCCCAGACUAACAAUUAACGACCAAUGGUCGCCAAUUAUCAAUUACCCAUUACCAAUUACCGAUACCAAAUAUCACACAUGCAUUCGUAGACUGAUAGCAGACUUAGUAGCGAUAACAAAUAUGUAUCUGCAUAUAUGCAAUACUUACUAACCUAUAUCCGACAUUCGAUUUGUACGCAAACGCAUACGCUGAAUACAAUAAAAGUUAUUAUACCACCUA